AUGAGACCUCCAAAUAUCUCAGCGACAUUACAAGCUAUCGCAAUUGUAGGCGCAACUUUUGCGUCCGCCGAUCGCACCUACACCAACCCCAUCCUGCCCGGCUGGCAUUCAGACCCUUCGUGUGUCUACGUAACGGAGCAAGAGACUUUCUUCUGCGUAGCCUCGACGUUCAUAGCAUUCCCCGGUCUUCCACUCUACGCCAGCAAAGACCUCCAAAACUGGGAACUCGCCAGCAACAUCUUCAACCGACCGAGUCAGAUCCCCGACACUGCCGACACUGAGGGCCAGCAGGGCGGAAUCUUCGCGCCGACACUGCGCUACCGCAAUGGCACUUUCUACCUCAUCGUCUCGAACUUAGGACCCAGCGUCGAGGGUCUGGUCUUUACAUCUACCGAUCCCUAUAGUGACACCGCCUGGAGCGAGCCCCUCGUAUUUCCCGUCCACGGAAUCGAUCCGGAUAUAUUCUGGGACGACGACGGACAAGUCUACGUAACCUCCGCCGACGACAGCAGAAUCCAACAUUACUCUCUGGACCUCGCCAGCGGCGAAAUCGGACCAGUUACGUACCUAUGGAACGGCACAGGCGGUGCAUCGCCCGAAGGACCGCACCUCUACCGCGAAGACGGAUAUUACUACCUGCUCAUAGCAGAAGGAGGAACAGAAACAAACCACGCCGUGACAAUGGCUCGCUCAAAGACCCGCACUGGACCCUGGGAACCUUGUCCAGAUAACCCAGUCUUGACGAAUCGCAAUACAACGCAGUACUUCCAGACCGUCGGGCACGCGGACUUGUUCCAGGACGGCAGUGGCAACUGGUGGGGUGUUGCACUCUCUACGCGCUCCGGGCCAGAAUGGCUUAACUAUCCAAUGGGCCGUGAGACUAUCCUAACCCCGGGGACUUGGGAGGAGGGAGGAUGGCCGGUUCUACAGCCUGUUCGGGGCGUGAUGCAUGCUCCUUUGCCGCCGAGGAGUGGAGUAGAGCGCCCGAUUAACAAGCCCGAACAUCUUACUUUCCCUCCUGGGUCUGAUAUUCCGAAACAUCUCGUUUACUGGCGUUUACCUGACGAGUCAAGCUAUGUUGUUUCCCCAGAGGGACACCCAAGUACCCUCCGUCUGAGACCGUCGGUUCAUGGGCCCUCGUAUAAUGCAUCCUCUGUUACGGAUCCGAUUACCUUUAUUUCUCGGCGGCAAACAGAUACGCUUUUUGCCUUUAGUGUGGACCUGGAGUUUACGCCGACAUCUCCUAAUGCUGAGGCAGGGGUCAGUCUGUUCCUAACGCAGGAACAGCACGUCGACCUGAGCAUUGUGCAUGUUCCUCGUUCGAGCUCCGGCAGCGCUCGAAUCCUCCAGCUCAAGACGUAUGGGCGUGGGAAUUAUGAUGGCCCCCUGCGUAAUGUCACCGUCGACGUUCCGACUCACUGGGCAAAUAAAACAGUUUCCUUGAAUGUGGAGGCUGUGGACGAUGAGACGUACCUGUUUUCGGCAUCUUUGGCGUCGAAACCUAAGAGUAGUAUUCUGGUUGGCACAGUUGACGCUAGAGUGGUCUCUGGAGACACUGGGCGCUUUACAGGCACUCUGAUCGGUGUUUAUGCUUCUUACGGCGGUCAUAGCCAGAGGGCUAUUACAAAUCAUGUGAGGGCCUUUGAUAAAGAGGCUGACUUUGCAUAUUUCAGUAACUGGAAAUACGAAGGACUGGGCCAAAGGGUCGAUUAUGAUACCAUUGUACCUAGCUACUAA